CGGCCGUACGGGUCCGACCAACUCACUGACGGCCAUCAUCAUUCACCGUAGACAGUGGCUUGGUCUGGUCGGCGUAAUAACAGUACACAAAUAAGUUAUAACGCAAUAUAUUUUUUUUUUUUUUGUUUCCCAUUCCCAUCUCGCGCAGUUUUCGUUUUAGAGUUCCAGAUUGCGAACUUCGUCUUUGCGCGCGUGCGUACGUACGUGUGUUCUGGUUGUGUCAGUUGUGUAUUUAUAUUAUAACUAUUGCAUUCUACUAUUCUCGUCUAUGGCCGUGUGCGACUGACCUACGUUUAAGUGUGUGCAGAAUAUGCGCUGUACGUCGCAGGACGCGUGGUGGUUGUAGCUCGACGACUAUUUGGGGCGAAUAUAGACGCUACUAGUUAAUUGUACUAUAUUUCAUAAGAGAUGGCUGACGUUGAUCCAGAAACUCUUCUGGAGUGGCUUAACAUGGGCCAGGGCGAUGAAAGAGAUAUGCAACUUAUAGCACUAGAACAGUUAUGCAUGUUACUAUUGAUGUCUGAUAAUGUUGAUAGAUGUUUUGAAGUAUGUCCACCUCGCUCCUUUUUACCAGCACUUUGUCGGAUAUUUCUCGAUGAAAGUGCUCCUGAUAGUGUACUUGAAGUGACUGCUAGAGCAAUAACUUAUUAUCUAGAUGUAUCUGCUGAAUGUACUAGACGUAUUGUAGCAAUUGAUGGUGCAUUAAAAGCAAUUUGCAAUCGACUAGUAAUUACAGAUAUAUUUUCAAGAACUAAUAAAGAUUUAGCUGAACAAUGUUGUAAAGUAUUGGAAUUAAUAUGUACUCGUGAAGCAGGUGCUGUUUUUGAGGCUGGUGGCCUUAGUUCUGUAUUAUUGUUCAUUAGUGAUGUUGGAUCUUGUGUACACAAAGAUACUCUACAUUCUGCUAUGACUGUAGUUUCUAGAUUAUGUACUAAAAUGGAACCUAAUGAAGCAUCAUUACCAACUUGUGUUGAGUCUUUAUCUACAAUGCUUAAACAUGAUGACUCUCAUGUUUCUGAUGGCGCUUUGAGAUGCUUUGCUUCAUUAUCUGAUAGAUUUACACGUCGUGGAAUUGAUCCAGCUCCUCUAGCGCAACAUGGACUUUUAAAUGAAUUGAUACUUCGAUUAUCUUCAGCAGCUGGACCUACAGUAACAAAUAUAGGAACACCUGGUCUAAACGCAAAUACUUCAACUACUGAAGUUAAAUCUUCUCAAUCUAUAUCUACAGUUAUAAGCUUGUUAACUACUCUUUGCCGUGGAUCUAAAUCUGUAUCUCAUGAUUUAUUUAGAUCUAACUUAGCUGAUGCAAUUGAAAAAGCUCUAAAAGGUGACGAAAGAUGUUGUUUGGAUACUAUGCGUUUAGUUGAUUUAUUACUAGUGUUACUUCUUGAAGGGCGUGAUGCAGUAUCAUGGAGUACAGUAGCAUGUACAAGCAAUAAUCCUUUAUUACCAAAACUUCGACGUUUAGAUUCUAGUGCUGAAAAAUCUCAACGCCAUUUAAUUGAUUGUAUCAGAAGUAAAGAUACAGAAGCAUUAAUGGAGGCUGUAAAUUCUGGUGCAAUCGAUGUAAACUUUGUGGAUGAAGUUGGUCAAACAUUACUAAACUGGGCUUCUGCAUUUGGUACUCAAGAAAUGGUAGAAUAUUUGUGUUCUAAAGGAGCUGAUGUCAAUAAAGGUCUUAGGUCAUCAUCAUUGCAUUAUGCUGCUUGUUUUGGAAGACCCUCUAUAGCUAAAAUUCUUCUAAAAAAUGGUGCUAAUCCAGAACUUAGAGAUGAAGAGGGAAAAACUCCAUUAGAUAAAGCACGAGAAAGAAUGGACGAAGGACAUCGUGAAGUCGCUGCUAUAUUGGAAUCUCCUGAAUGGUUGAUGUCUUCCAAAAAUGAAAUUGUUCAGUCAAAUGAAUCUAAAGAACCAAAAGGAGAUCCAGAGAUGGCUGCAAUUUAUCUUAAACGUUUAAUGCCUGUCUUUUGUCAUACUUUUCAAUCAACUAUGCUUCCAUCAAUCAGAAGAACAUCUCUUUCUUUAAUUAAAAAAAUGGUUCAUUAUAUUAAACCAGAUUGGUUAGAGGAUAUAUGUAGACCUGAUUCUCCAAAUAAUCUUGCCCCUUUGUUGGUUGAAGUACUUGCUACCGUUCUUGAUAAUGAGGAUAAGACUUGGCUGUUUUACUGUGAUAUGAGUGGUGAGGUCCAGAAAUAUUUGCCUCGAAAACUCUACAAGAUGUUAAUUGUUAAAAAAAAUUAUAAAUCUUUGAUGGAAGAUGAUGAUGGACAUGUCAUUGCUUUACAAACCAUUUAUGACCUUUUGAACAAAUGUCAAAAUAUAUUUCUUGACCAUUUCGCACGUCUGGGAGUUAUUUGUAAGGUACAACAGCUUAUUGGACCUGAUAGUAAUCCAGAAAAAGAUAAUGACCAGCAAAUUGAUUCAAAAAAUUUUCUAAUUGAGGAUGCUAAAGAAAUACUACCAGGUCAUGCAUAUCAUUGGAAAGAUUGGUUUUUCUGUCGGGGACGAGAUUGUCUUUAUGCUUGGAAUGACUAUGUUGUCUUGGAGUUAUCAAAUGGUAGUAAUGGUUGGUUCAGAUUUAUGAUCAAUGAUAAAUUGUCUACAAUGUAUUCCAGUGGAAGCCCCGAAGGACAACCAGAUACAAAUAAAACUAGAGUUUCUGAUCAACCAUCUACAGAUGAAAACAAAACUGAAUUUAUUGAAAAAUAUUUAAAAGCCAAAGUGUUUGUUAAGCUUAAUACUGUGAGCCAACCAAUUUUAAGUACUCCAGGUUUAAAUAGAAUAGCAGUUGGUAACUGGAUUCUUAUUUCAAAAAAAGAUUGUGAACUAAGCAUACAAAACUCUGAUGGCUUACAGCAAAUUACAACAUUAAUUUAUGGAACCAAUGGAUUUUCUUUUCAAUCUAAUCGUGGUAAUCAACACAUGUUUACUGCUCUGAUACCACUUAAAAGUGAUUUUACCUCAGGUUGGGAAACAGUUAAAAAGGCAAAUAUAGUAACAGCAACAUCUGAAAGUAUUGGACAAAAAAUUCGUAAACAAGCACAAGAAAUAUUUGAUACUUUCUUUAAAGCUGCUCAAGCUCAGCCAAGGGGUGUUGUUGCAAGGUUAAGCAAAAUUGUUAGAGCCAUUGAAUUAGCUAUUCAAAAUCAAUCUUCUGUUAUCAAAGAUAGCUCCAAUAAAGAUUUUUGGGCAUCAGCUCUUUGCAAGGCAGUAUUAGACUUGAAAAAAUUGUUGAUGGAAGAUGAAGGCAGUGUUUCGGCAUAUGAAAUAUAUAGCAGUGGUUUAGUUGAAGUUUUAUUGAAACUUUUAACAAUCAGUAGUCUUGAACAAGGCGAUGAUGCUGUAGAAUUACAGAAACUUAGGAUUGACAUUUUUGUUAAAUGUUUCAAAGAAAAGAAAAAUGAAAAAGGAAUGGAGACUUGUGCUUCUGUUUUAGUGCAAAAGCUGAUAUCUGUUUUAGAAUCCAUUGAAAGAUUACCUGUAUAUUUGUAUGAAUCACCUGGUGCUUUUCACGGGUUACAAAUAUUAUCAAGACGUAUAAGAUUUCGUUUGGAAAAAGCUGUAAAAGAAACCACUCUUGUUGAUCGUACAGGUAGAGGCUUAAGAAUGGAACCUCUAACAACUGUGCAGCAACUUGAAAAACAUCUAUUAAAAAUGGUUGCAAAACAGUGGUAUGAUCAUGAACGUAUCACAUAUAAUUACGUUAAGAAACUCAAAGAUAAAAAUAAUUUACCGAUGAAAUUCAAGCAUUAUUAUGAUUUUGAUAAAAAUGGUGUCUUAUAUUGGAUUGGAACAAAUGGAAAAACUUCGGUAGAUUGGGUUAACCCAGGUCAAUAUGGGUUAAUGUUAGUUCAAUCUUCAGAUGGUCGUAAUUUACCAUAUGGUCAAGUAGAAGAUAUUCUAAGCAGGGAUUCUGUUGCAAUUAACUGUCAUACUAAUGAUGAUAGCAAGGCAUGGUUUUCUAUUGACUUAGGAUUAUUUAUAAUUCCAACUGAUUAUACACUUAGGCAUGCUAGAGGUUAUGGCCGUUCUGCUCUACGAAAUUGGUUAUUCCAAAUGUCUAAAGAUGGCACUAAUUGGACUACAUUAUAUACACACAUUGAUGAUACAGCAUUAAAUGAACCAGGAAAUACUGCUACUUGGUCCAUAGAAAUAAAUGAUAAGGAAGAAACACAGGGUUGGCGGCAUAUUAGAAUACAACAGAAUGGUAAAAAUGCAUCAGGGCAAACACAUUAUCUUUCAUUAUCUGGUUUUGAGAUUUAUGGAAAUGUUACUGGUGUAUGUGAAGACUUGGGUAAAGCUGCUAAAGAAGCAGAAGCUAGUCUAAAACGUCAAAGACGUAUGUUCAAGGCUCAAAUGUAUAAGCAAAUGGUGACUGGUGCUCGGGUUAUGCGUGGUAUUGAUUGGAAAUGGAGAGAUCAAGAUGGAAAUCCACCUUGUGUAGGGACAGUUACUGGAGACUUGCACAAUGGUUGGAUAGACGUUGUGUGGGAUCAUGGAGUUACAAACUCGUACCGAAUGGGUGCUGAAGGAAAGUAUGAUCUACGGCUAGUCAGUGAAUCCCAACCUACAUCUGCCUCUUCAAAAAUGUUCAAAAACAUUCCAAAUGCAACUUUAUCUAGCAUUAUGACAAGAAUGUCUAGUUCUACUCCUAUUUUACCUGAAGCAUCUAAUGAUAAUAACACCAUUGUUUCUGUAACCAACACAGAUCAAAUGUCUUCUGCAGAGAAUUUGGCAGUAAAGCAAGCUGCACAACAAUUUACUGAUAGCAUAAUGUCAGUCAUGAGAAUGGAACCCUCUGCAGUUACUCCACCAACUACAAAUACAUUAGAUAACUCACUCCGGAUAGUAGUUCAUCCAACUCCUUCCGUUGAUCUCGCUACAAUUGUUGAAUCUACAUCAAAUGAUGAAACUCAACAAAACAUUGAAAAUAAUAAAAAAAAUAGUAACUGUUUUGAAGAAGAAUUUUUACCAGCUUUAGGAAGAGUCAAACCAACUUAUAGGCGUAGUUCUGUUACUAGUUUAGUUCACACAUUACAAUCCAUUCAAAUUGAUACACCUCCAAACAAUAAAGUAAAUUCAAAAGAAAAGCCAAUACUAAUUAUGCAUCAUAAUACAUCAGACGCUUCCAACACUCAGACACAAGAUCUAUCUACUGAUACAUUAAUAAACAAUGCAAAUAAUUCAGCAUUUAAUACAGAAAUUUGUAGUCCAAACAAUUUAGAUUUAGAAAAAGAAAAUAAAAAGGAAGAGAACCGAAAUAAUUCUUCAAAUCACAUGAGUGUUAGUGUUCCAAAUUUAGCAUCUAAUGCACCACCCAGAUCACAAGGAGAUAUUCCAUUACAAAAGCCUUUAGCUGAAACCUAUGCUCCAUAUCAAAAGUAUAGGAAUUUUGAUCGAAACAAUAGUCAUAAUAAUCAAACUCAAGUCCCUAAUCAUAUGCCUCAACGAGUACCGACUUCAGUAUCCAGUCUUGUUCGUUUGGCUCUAUCUACUAAUUUUCCAAGUGGUUUACUUCAAACAGCACAAAGUUAUCCUAGCUUAUCGGCUAAUAAUACUUCUAAUAAUUCAUGUUCUAUAACUACCAUUGCAAAUAGAACAUUUUGUGUUGGUGAAGCUCUAACUAUGAGUUUAGCAUCUACAUCAAGUGAUAGUGAACAAGUCAGUUUAGAAGAUUUUUUGGACAGUGUUCGUGCUCCAGCCUUAUUUGCAGAACUUGAGGAUGAUGAAGAAAUUGUUGAAGAUGAUGAUAUUCCAGAUGAUGAUGAAAAUGAAGAUGAACAAGAAUAUGAAGAGGUAAUGGUCUCCAGAAAUCUACUUAGUAUGGAAGAUGAAGCAUUUGCAGCCCAACAGCAUGCUGCUAUUGAAAGUAUUGUGGGUGCUGAUAGAUGUGGUAAUCCAUAUAAAAGACGUUCGUGGGAUGAUGAUUAUGUGCUUAGAAGAGAAUUCACAGCAUUGAUACCAGCCUUCGAUCCCCGGCCAGGGCGUACUAAUGUUAAUCAAACAUCUGAUUUAGAAGUUAUUGCUCCACCCGAUGAUGAAAAUGAUGAAAUUCCUGAUGUUUUUACUGAAAAUUCAAGUGCUGUUAACAACCAAACAUCAUUACCAAGAAUUAAGUUGACUUUAAAAGGACCUAAUUUGCCAGGAAUUAAAGAUGUAGAAGUUGAGCUCAAAGAUUCUAAUUGGACAAUUUUUCAUGCUGUACAAAAGUUGGCUCAAUUGGCAGACCUUGGUAGUCGGCAAGAAAAAUCUCGACGAAUUUGGGAACCUACUUAUACAAUCAUAUACGAAGAAUUAACCAACGAUGAUCAAAGACUCAGUGCAGGUCCUGAUAAUCAAUGGGAUUCUGAUUUACCUAUAUUUUCUACAAGAACACAAUUAAGUAAUACAGGUUGUACUGUUGAUCAUGUACUUCAACUGUUAAGGCAGCUUCAUAAUCUUUCCAUUAAUCCAAUGAUCUCUUUACUUAAACCAUACACUGAUGACUUCUUUGAAGCUCUUAUUAAAGAUGAUGGAGAGUUGACAAACAGUGAAAUAUUUAAUAGCAAAAAAAUGACUAAUAAACUUGUUCAACAAAUUCAAGAUCCUUUGGUAUUAAGUUCGGGUGCACUUCCAUCUUGGUGUGAACAUUUAAACCUUUCUUAUUCAUUUUUGUUCCCAUUUGAAACAAGACAUUUGUAUUUUAAUUGCACUGCAUUUGGGCCAUCUAGAUCUAUUGUAUGGUUACAAUCUCAGCGAGAAAAUGUUGAACGACAUCGCACUGGUUCAAGUCUUCCACUUAGACGUGAAGAAGAGUACAGAGUUGGUCGUUUAAAACAUGAUCGAGUUCGUAUACCACGUGGUGAAAAUAUACUUGCAUGGGGUAGGCAACUUAUGCGCGCUCAUAUUGAUCGACAAACCGUAUUGGAAGUUGAGUUCAUGGGUGAAGAAGGUACUGGAUUAGGUCCCACAUUGGAAUUUUAUUCAUUAAUUGCUGCUGAGUUUCAACGAAAAGAUCUCUGCAUGUGGAUGUGUAAUGAUGAGAUGCCCGAAGAGACCCGUCAAUGUAUUUGGCUUGAAGAAGGAGCCAAACCACCUGGCUAUUAUGUUAGACGAACUGGUGGACUUUACCCAGCCCCAUUACCUCAAGAUUCACCAUGUUGUGAUAGAGCCGUAAAACAUUUUUGGUUCCUUGGCAUGUUCCUAGCAAAAGUUCUUCAAGAUAAUCGUUUAAUUGAUCUUCCAUUAUCAUUGCCAUUCCUAAAACUUUUAACUAAAGCAAAAAAUAAUGAAUCCGGUAGAGUGCUGAAUGAAUCAGACUUGUUUGACAUUGAUGAAGAGCAAGCAAUGUUUAUACAAGAUUUAAAGAUGUUAAUUUUGGCUAAAGAAAAAAUUCUAUUAGAUCAAUCAUUGAGCGAUGAGGAAAAAAAGAAACAAAUUAAAAACUUACAAUUUCAGUGUGGUCAAACUGGCAAAGUGCAUCUAGAAAACCUGAGUUUGAGCAUGAUUUAUUUACCAUCAUCUUACUGUUUCCCAUUUACCUACAUUAAUUUAGUUGAAGAUGGUCUUAGCCAGGAUGUUAACAUGGAUAAUGUAGAGCAAUAUGUUAGUUUAUUGACUGAUUUUAUAUUGGAGAAAGGUAUUAAGAGACAAAUGGAUGCACUAAAGGCAGGUUUUUGCCGUGUAUUCUCAAACGAAAAGUUAAAUGCAUUUACUCCACUUGAGGUUAGACAAAUGUUAUGUGGCCAACAAGAACCAGAAUGGACUCGAGAAGAUCUGUUGAACUACACUGAACCCAAAUUAGGAUAUAAUAAAGAAAGUCCUGGAUUCUUACGUUUAGUAAACGUUUUGGAGCAAAUGAAUUCUGAAGAACGUAAAUCAUUCUUACAAUUUACUACUGGUUGUUCGUCAUUACCACCAGGAGGUUUAGCCAAUCUAUAUCCAAGGCUUACUGUGGUCCGUAAAGUUGAUGCUGGUGCAGGUAGUUUCCCAUCAGUAAACACUUGUGUCCAUUACUUGAAAUUACCAGAAUAUCCUGAUGAACUUACAUUGAGGGAACGCCUGUUGGCGGCAACACUUGAAAAAGGUUUCCAUCUCAACUAAUAUCACUGUUAUUGAUAACAAUGUAAUUGUUCUUAACUAAACAAUUGUAUAAGUUUCUCGCAUAAUAGUAUCUUUAAAAUUAUACUUUUUGUUGUGCACCAUUUUUUUUUUUAUAUAUAUUUAUAAUUUUAAAUUUCUGUGGCUACAAACCAAUAGUGUUUAAAUGUCCUAAAAGUUCCCUUUCAUAUGUACCAGUGUGAUAAUAUAUUUUUUUUUAUUGUUUCUAUAAUAAUAAUGAUUUAACUAAUACAUUGAUAUUGUGAUGUUAAAUAUUAAUAAAUAUUUUUUUUUUAGUUCUAAGUAUAAGUGUUUUGUCAUAAUUAUAGAUCUAAGAUUUUAAAAGAUUAAAUAUUAAACUGACAACUUUGUCUUGUUUGUCUUGUGAAAAUUAGCAGAAUUAUUAAACAUUUAUCAAAAUAUAAAUCAUAAUAUUAUGUAAUUUAA